CUCCCGGGCAAAGCAGACACCGUAGGCAACCUUCAGCUUAGUAGCAGUUCCGGAGUGCUCGAACUUGCGGACUACGCGUUCCCUUCAGCUGCUGGCUAGCUUUCUGUACAAGAGCAAGCUCGAAAACGGCAAGUCUUACUCGUUACAGCACCGCCCACGAUACGGGCUGCAAGAAUGUUCCUCUUUGCUGUAGAGAAGAAGAACGAAAAAACGAAGAAGGACGCUUUUUGUGCCACUCGUUACCGGAUGACGGAUGGGUGGCCUACAAAUGUUUGGAUCCGCCAGAGCUUGGCGUCCCUCCAGGAAACGAACCUCGAAUAUAUCACCCUAUAGCGGAUGUCCUGGCAUGCUGGGGCACUACUCAGAGGCCCGGGCCUACGUCAACAGGGACGAGGAGGCGCAGCAGCACGCUGAUGUCUUCCUCGACUUUGACGACGAUCCCGUCAGCAAGGAGGCCAUUCAACACGACUGGAGCGGUAUGCUCUUCUCACAGGAAGAGAACCCCUUCGUCGACGAAGACAACGAUUUUAUUCUCAUCGCCGAGUGCAACGAAGUCCACGGACCGAUGCCACUCGUAACCAUACCUCACAACAUAGGAGACAGGGUGGAGAGCAUAGACAUCAACUCAUUAGUAAUCAGCAUACUCUCCGUUGAUUAUCAGCAAGUAGGAGCCUCAUCAACAUUCCCCAAGCUGGACAGCCAAAUCCUGAUGCCAAGUAUACGAGAUGAUCUGCACAUACUUGUCAACUACUCUGUCAUGUUGGAUCCCAAAGCAAGGGGUUUUGUUCGUCCCAUGUGCAUUGCCUAUGCAUCAUCCGACAAAGGAAAAUUGGUAAAAAAUGCACGCUACAUCCGAUCUGCACUGAUCGAGGCAUCUUUAGCACUGAAGCUAUUCAACAUCAAGUAUUUUGUUCAAGGAAUCAGAAAUCUUCUCAAGGAUGUCAAGUACACUAGAAGAUUAAACGUUGGAUGUGGCCAGCGCUUGGAGACAUUGAAUGGAGCAUCAAUCUCUGAGGCAAGCUUUCACGAGUCGCUCAACAAAUAUGAAGACAUGCUGGAAUCUGCACUUCAAGAGAUAGAGGACUCCCUGGCUGCUGGCUGCCCAUUUGAUGCUGACCAUGCUCGCCGCAUCAAGUACCAGGCCAAGGACUUGGUGCGUCACCUGCUAAAUCUACCAAGGCUGAGCCCCGAGCUGGAGCGAUUCCUCCAGUUUGCCACUGAAAAGGAGUCGCCUCACGAGCCCAGGGAGCUGAAGAUACCAUUUCAAAGGGACUAUGAACACGGCCUGGUGCCAUUACGGGACAUCUGGAAGAAAGGCUUCAUCCUGUGCAUCUACUGGCUAUAUGUCACGUACAAGUUUUUCAGAAGGAGAGCGGAGAGUGUGGCAGUGUGCCUACAGCAGGAAAAACCAUUGUCUUCGUUACGCUACGGUGCCUGCCUGAGGUCAACAGACUCCACAAGGGCAUCAGCCUCUAGUCUCGUUUCAAACGGCAACAUGUCAUCCCAUGACAAGUGCUCAAGGUCUAGUCAUCCAAUGUGUAUCUACUACCGCCUUGCUCACCCCGAGUGCCUCCCAUUCGAUAAAACAGCCAAUGGUGUGUGGGAUGUGGACAGUGGAUUUCUCGACUGCUUCUCUCAUCUUCAUCUGGACAAAGGUGCAGUCGAAAGAGAAAAGGAGAAUGGAAGCGUUAACCACUCCAUGGCAAGCAUGCCGCUGCCUGAGGAACUAUACAGCAGGUUUGAAGCUGAAAGCAGGAGAAUGAGCGAGUCUGAGAAAGGCAGCUCUCUGAUGGAAACUUAUUGCAAGACAAAAGCAGCAGCAACUUCAUGGAGGUUUUGGCAUAUCAGACAAACGAGCCCCAAAGAUGCUGCAGGGCAGAGACCACCCAUAUUAAGGACUACGUGGAAAGAGCAGCUACUGCGGCAAAGGAGAAACAGUGGGAGCAGUAACUACAGCGAGGAGCAUGAGAAGGUGCAAAGGCCAGAAAUGUGCAUGUGGGAAAGAAGCUACUGGAUCAGGGAUGAAGAAGGCACCGAUCCUGCAGACUGCUCCAGGCAUGGGCUAACGCUCGAAAAACAGUGGGAUGCUUUGCAGACUUGUGUGCAUGAUGGGUCUGAAGCAAUAUUUCUUCAAGUGCUGAAUAGACGGGUCAAAGUGGAGGACAUCCUUUACUCGUUGCUGAUGGGUCGGCCAAUAGUUGUGGUGGGCAGGCCGCUCAGUGCACAUGAGGUUGCUGCCAGUGCCAAGGUUUUGGCUCUCUUCGCACCCCGGCGGUUCGGUGAUUUUCUGUGGUUUGAGGACCAGAGGUUUGAUUCACUGGACAACUCGUGCCUAAAUGCUACAGCGGUAAUUGGUUAUGUUGACGAGCAUCGGGCCAAGGACUUUGGGCUACCGUCUUCAGUCAGGAAAAAGGCUUCCGUGCUCAACGUUGAAACUAGUGACUUCACUGGUCCUUGUUAUGGUGGUGCCCUCCUUAAGCAGACAAGCCAGAGGAUACGACUGCUUGAAGAAAAUGAAGCCCUACUAGCUGUGAUCUCAAGCGUGCUUGCAGACAUUGAGUAUGUGGCUCACACAUGGGUCCUGCUGACUGCCAGUGCCCGGAAAACAGAAUCCAAGGCAUUUGCCAAGCAGAAGCAGCUUACCAAUUGUGACAUGGCCAUAUUGAAGCAUUACGAGAAGCUGAUGAGUGAUGUUCACACGAAGAAAUGAUUGUCACAUGUUCCACAUUCCACCAAAGAGCACCUGUAUAAAGUAUAGAUGGGCAAUACAGACUGUGAUACUAGCUGCUGAAAAGAAAAUUGUGCGCCGACACUGUACAAGACACCAAAUGCCUCAUUAAAGACACUAAGGACAUCUUGCAUGGUUUUUGACCCACUGUUGCUACUUUUGUUGACCAUAGUGAAAGAGUGGUUUGGUUAAGCUGCUCCAUUGACCACAUUUGUGUAUUCCAUUGUUCUAGUACGUACAGAAGCUGAAACCAAGCUGAAUCUCACUUCGUAAUGAUUACUAGGAGUUAGCUUGCAUGCUCAGUUGCAGAAUUUCUGUGACCAAUGGUGGAGGACGUCUUCAUUAUUGCGCAAUCGGCUAAUGGUUUCUAAAUUUGCAUGUCAUGGCUGUUUUAGGAAUGUAUGAGGCGUUAUAUAAAUUGCUCUAAUGGGAGGGCAUUAUCAAUGGCUUCAUUUAUUGUAUAUGAGGUAUUACAAUUCUAGUGCUUGUGCAUAUUAAUGGACCUGAUUCGACUGAACUAUUACACAUGCUUAAUAAGUAAUUAUUCAGUGUAUUCAAUUUCAUGUAAUUGCUCAGACAAGUAAAUUAACAAAAGCCUGAUAUUGUGUAUGUAAAUAUUUUACAUACAUAAGAAUGACAGUGCACAGUGGUAAAUAAUAUCUCCCUGGUGAUCAAAACAGUUUCAAAAGAUUAUUUUGCAGUGUUUCUUCCAAUGUUAUACUGCAGAAUCUUCUGGAGUUUCUUUCACCACAAAAGACACUAUGCGUAUUAGCAACCAAAGGGGCAUCAAGCAUCCUAUACUUUUUUUAUGGCCAUGCUUUUUGUGUGAACCUGACUAUCUUUGUUUGUUUGUGCAUAUAUUUCUUUUUAAAUUCAUGUGUCCACCUAGCUUUGCAAAGUUUAUUGUAUUCAUUCUGCAUUAUUACCUGUUCUCAAUGAUCAUCUUUCAAGUUUUGUGAUCCUGGUUCCUUCUGAAUGUGUGUACAGCUGGUAUGGCCAUAUUUACAGUGUGCAGUAGAAUUCACUGUUAAAGCAAACACCAAACUAUUAUUUCGCAACUCGUUGCAGCUCAAUUUUUACAUGAAGGCCUUGGCAAUACCGUUUUACCAAUAAUAGGUCUACCUAAUGCAUCAAAUCAAGCACUUUUUUUCUAUGCAGUUGAUGGUAUGUUCAAAAUAUGAUAAUUUGAAUACAGAUUACUAGGUGUUUUAUGUAAGAGUGACUAUACCACACAAAGAUCUGUUUGUGCAACUCCAUGUGGUUAAAAAAAAGGUGAAGCAAAGUAAUGCUUCUGUUAUGUGGGUCUUUCACAGGCAGCGCAAUGCACACAUCUUUCUAGGUUUGCAGCAGCUGUAGUACACAUUGCUUUUUGUUCGUCAACUUCUUUGUGUCAAAGGUGUCCUAGUGCCACCAGCAGCCCUGGCGGCCUAACGAGUGCACUGUUUGCACGUACCUACAAUGCACACACAUCUCUGUUGCAACAAACAAAUGUUUCUUAUAUGUAUAUUUUAGCUUGUGAAUAGCCCUUAUGUGCCAGCUUCAUUGAAUAAAUGUUUUAUCAUUUUA